AUGCACUAUGUCAACCAAUUUUUGACUCAUUCUGACUGGAGAAACAAAGAUAUCGCAAUAUACUUGUUUACGUCUUUGGCUGCCAAGGGCAGUGUGACAAACAUUGGUGUUACAUCAACUAAUAUGUUGGUUGAUGUUGUCCAGUUUUUCACUGAUAAUAUCGCCACCUACUUGAUGAAUGAUGCAGCACCAAUUUUAAAGACAGAUGCUGUCAAGUAUAUCAUGACUUUCCGCAACCAACUAACAAAGGAGCAACUUAUCACUACUAUUCCCCUUCUUAUAAACCAUUUAAAGAACCCCAACGUUGUUGUGUAUACUUAUGCGGCCAUCACUCUUGACAAAUUGUUUUCAAUGACAAGCUUCACAAAUGCAAAACAUACCCUUGUCUUUGACAAGCAUGAUAUCCAGCCUUUCAUUCAUGACUUAUUGAACAAUUUGUUUCCACUUAUUUUGAGCCACUCUGCGCCAGAAAAAUUGUCAGAGAAUGAGUUUUUGAUCAAAACUGUGAUGCAGGUUUUGAAUACAGCUGAGGAUACCAUUGAUGAGAAAUUCAAAAUGACAGUGAUCGAGCAAUUUUUGAGCAUUUUGAGUAUCAUUGCUAAGAACCCCGCAAAUCCCAGAUUCACCCAUUACGUGUUUGAAAGUAUGGGUCUAUUGAUCAAAUUUGGCUCUGAUCCUUCGCGUGUUAACAACUACAUCAAUUCGAUCAUGCCAUCUUUGCUUCAAAUAUUGAGCGAGGAUGUUCAGGAAUUUGUUCCAUAUACUUUCCAGAUUUUAGCAUAUUUGCUAGAAAAUUUGCCAAAGUCUAACCCAUUACCAGCUCAAUAUUCAACAUUGGUCAAGCCACUUAUGUCUCCGGCUGUAUGGGAAUAUAGAGGAAAUGUUCCGGGUAUCACCAGAUUACUUAUUGCUAUUAUGGCACAUGAUCCAACACCGUUUGUAUCAAACCCUCAAGAGCUCACUCCAUUAUUGGGUGUCUUCCAGAAGUUAAUUGCUUCAAGAGCCAAUGACACAUAUGGU